CUUCAUUGUUGUCAAGAAAUCUUUAUGUCAUAAUAACGACUAAUCAUUUUGAACGUUGUUAUUACCUAUCAUAAAAUAAUUGGAACAUGUCCGAGUUGGAGUCGGAGUUAAGCCGCAGCGGGAGCUCCAAGUCGGGGGGCAGCUCGAAAGCGCGCCACCCGGUCUCCGCCCCCGUCAGUGUAGUGCGCAGCGUGCAGUCCCCGCUCAAACAGCAGAUCUCGGCCCCUAGCUACUUCCACUCGCUUAAGGAGAACGAUGCGCCACCGUUCAAAUACCCUGAGCCGGAGCCGAUCCCCAAGUUGCUGAUCGGCAUCGGACAGCUCCUGAGCGAAGCAGACGCUAUAGCCAUGAUCGCUGCAAGAGACGAGGAUAAAGCUCUAGGGUUGACCAAGUUUCUAGGUGAGUUUCUAGUCGCCAAAGAAGUAAUCCACAACUACAGCCUGUCGGAGAAGCAGUUCCUCAUCAGCUUCCUCCUGGAGACCAUAGACUACGCGGCGCAGAGAGACUUCGGCAGCUUCAAGUUGGCGUGUCUCCUGACCCUCUACUUGCAGACGCAUGUUUAUUUUAAAGGAUAUUACUGGUUGCCGCCGGAGAGCCUAUGGGUUUAUUUCAAAGAGAUUUUGAUACGGCAUACUAUUGAAGAUUCUCCGACUGGCCAAGAAGUGUUCGAGCCAGAGGAAUGCUAUGACAUACUGAGCCAUUUCCACACCGUCUAUAUGAGCAACCUACCGUUGGUGCAUAUCCUGACGUUUGGUGCUUGUCUGCUGAAGCUCACGUGGCCCUUUAAGGCUAAAUAAUAAUAAUUCUAUCACAAAAACUAAGGCGGUGGCAGUGACGUAGCUACCGGAGGGCUAGACUGAGCAGUGUCCAGUAACUCUUACAAACAAUAAAGUAGUUUAGUGGGGGUACUAGUUUAUUUAUUGCGCCACGGCCCCUUGGAUAUCUAGCUACGCCACUGAACAAUGGCAACAUUGUAAAAUGUUUUUGCUGUUAAAAAUGUUUUUGUACUAUUUACUAUGAUUAUUAUGUAGAAUAAUGGAUUACUAUCAAUUAAAUAUAUUUAUUUUUGUGUCCAAAAUAGUUGUAAUUUUUUUAUACUUUGGAUGUGUGAUAAUAAGCUUUUUGUUUGAUACACUCAAAUUAUUUGGUCCUGAAAGAGAUCAACCUUAUGGAAUCUAGACUU